AAUUGUUCUCGAGUACAACGUACCCUGGAACGAAUAGACAAGGAGGCCAUUCAGCCAAGCGUUGUAGUUUUUCGAUGCCGUAUAUGCUACGAGGAGGAAUCCGACCCAGAGCCACUGAUGUCACCGUGUCGUUGUAGGGGGACGGUUGGUCUGCUUCACAAGACCUGUCUAGAACGCUGGCUCCAGGUGUCGCAGACUCUCAAGUGCGAACUCUGCGGUUAUUCGUACAUUCUUCGACCGAAGACGCCCCUCCCCACACCGAACACCUCAAAGGGCUCCCCGACGACAGUGAUUGGACAAACGGACUUCUUGCGUGAUUGGUUCCGUUCUCGUUCGGCUCGGCGAAAUCUCGCUACUGACUGCGUGUUUUGUGUUCUCUUAACUCUGCUGACAGGUAUUGGCAUGUACUUUUGCAUCACAGCGAUGUCGCACUUCACGCAAGCCAACUCCUUCACGUGGCAGGUACCAACGCUGAUAUUUCUUGAAAUAUCGCUGAUGCUGAUCCUCCUUGUGUGGAUUAUCUUGGCUGGGAGGCAUCACCUCAUGGCCUACAUGUCCCACAGGCGUCGUGAAGAAGACCGCAUACGUGAAUCUUUCAGCCGACGAUCACUGGAGCGUCGUUGGAGGUUUUCAGUGCAUCCGGGGUCCACGGAGUCCUCUUUUUCACACCAAACCCUCACCCCAACUUCACUGUGGUGCUGUGAAGGAAACGGGAUGACACAGUUGGAUCAGCAUUGCUCCCCUCAACCGGAUAUCGUCGUCCCGACCUCUAGCCUCUAUCCACUGGCAGAAACAGAGGAGAAUAAUGACGCGGAAACGCAGCCGCAAUAUCGUUUCAACGUGGUCUAG